CUGUAUUAUUUUGAUAAUUUUAUUAUUUAUUUUCUAUGGAAAUGGGGAAAUUACUGCUGAGAACAAAGCAAUAAACAUUGAUACUAAUAACACUUUACGCGUUCCUAAUAAAUUCACAAAAGAAAGAUUGAAUACAAUUGAAUUAGUGCAAGAAUGUGGACUCGUUUGCGAAGUAAUUGAAGCUACCUCGGAAGACGGGUAUAUCCUCAAGUUAUUCCACAUAAUAAACCCAAACAUAACUCAAGAAAUGCCGAUACUUCUUUUACAUGGUUUCUUAGAUUCUUCGGAUACAUUUUGCUUAAGGCGCAAUUCCUCACCGGCCAUUUAUUUGACAAAGGCCGGCUAUGAUGUAUGGCUGGGGAACAUGAGAGGAAAUCGAUACAGCAGGCGACAUAUCACGCUCAAUGCUGACAUAGACAGAAACUAUUGGAACUUCACAUACCAUGAAAAUGGCUAUUAUGACUAUCCAGCGAUUAUAGACAAAGUUCUGUCUAGAACCGAUAAAAAACAACUGAUAGUCAUUGGUCACUCACAAGGAACCCUAAAUUAUUUCGUAAUGGGCUCCACUAGACCUGAUUAUAAUGAUAAAGUAAAAUUAUUCAUUGCGUUAGCUCCUAUAUUCUAUUCGCGCAAUAAUAGAGGAGUGGCUGCUCUUGCUCCUUUAGUUCUACCAUUGGCAUAUAAAGUUUUGAAAGCGCUUGAUCAAGUGGAACUCUUAGGCCAGAACUCUUUAUUGGUAAAAGCCCUUCAAGAAAUGUGUACGAAAUUUAAACAAAGCUACAAAGUGUGUAUCCAUGGGCUUCUUUUCUCUGUCUUUGGAGUUGACGAAGACCAAAUAGAAUUAGAGUUUGUGCCUAUAAUCAUGAAGCAAUACUUUGCUGGAGGUGCUUCAGUAAAGACUAUAGCACAUGCGAAUCAGUUCACGCACGGACAUUAUGGACAGUUGGAUUAUGGUGUGAGAAACAUGGAAAUGUAUGGAUCUCUGACGGCGCCGCUGUACAAUUUAACCAAUAUUUCAACGAAAGUAGUUCUUAUGGUGGGCAGAAACGACUUUGUAGCGACUGUAUCGGACACCAUGAAGCUGCUGGACGCGCUUCCAAACGCCACCUAUUUUGAAAUGCCUAGGAAUUUGUUUUCCCACAUGGACUUUGUUUGGAGUAACCAAAUGCCAAAAUACUUGUUCCCAUACCUUCAUAAGUUUCUUGAUGAAUAUCAGUGACUUACAUUUUGACUUCUGUUCUUGUCGACUAUAUUAUUGCUGACACUGGUGUCGUAGUCAUUCAAAGCCUAAAGGUAUUUGACAUGAGGUUUCUGACUACCGCACAUGGAAUUAGUAGGUAUCGGUGUACCUACUAAUUCCUAGCUAAAAACUAGUUGCCAAUAUUACUCAUGAACAUUUCAUCUAUCUCUGUGCCUUAUUUCUGUAUUCUCUGUUUUGAGUUUAUCAUUUCAUUACAAACAAUAAAACCAAAAUGCUAAAAUCUCUUCCCUUUAUGAUGUUAGUAUGGAGGUAUAGAUAUGACAGUAUGGAAGUAUGGAUGUUUUAACAAAGCCUGUACUUAUGUGUAGAGUGUGUCUGUAUCUCAUCCCGCACAGAUUGUUAAAAGUCAAUUAAGGGAUUAUAAACUAGAAAUUCCUCUCAUCGGCUUGUAGUUAACCCAUGAGGUGAUGAAUGAAAAAAAAUGAAAUUGUGUCUGUAUUUUGUUAGUGGAGUGGCACCUGUUAGUAGGUAGGUAUGCUGUUAGCUUAUUGUGCACUGUUAUUAGAAAUGUUUGUAAAAACAUAAUCAUCUUGAUUGUUACAAUUACUGUGUUGUUGUAAUCCUCCCCUGUUUUCACCUAUUCUGUACAUUAUUUACUUAUGUUACGUAAGUAACAUUGACUUACAGUCACGCUACGCGGCAAAGCAAACGUUGGGUCAAUGAAUUAGGUGAUGAGUCACAUUACUGUUGGCUUUGAUACUUCAUGAACAUCGAGAUUUUUUAUAAUAGGUUAAGUACCUAGUUUUAUUAGUGUAUGUGUUAUGUUUUUGUCUAGUACCUAAGUAGUUUGUUCCUUGGCUCACGGCAUGUGUUUGGCAACUGUUAACUGCUGUAUGUAUCUUUUAUAUUAAAUAAAUAAUUAAUG